AUGAUCUCAUGUUCAGCCUGCAGCAGAAACACUGCUACCUGAUUAACAAGCCUUGAAAGGACUUUGAGAACAUACUCAUCAUUUUGUCAGGCUUGACCAAUGAAUUUUAUAAAAACAUAAGGAUAUUUUGUAAAUGUCUGCCCCAUAACUGCCCAAAUCUGCCUUGCCCUUCAGUCAAGGAGAGCCUGUUAAUAGAAAAUAUGCCAUACAUUUUUGCCUGUGAAUAAUAAUGCCUUCAUUAUAUGGUAAAAGUCUGCUGGUGGAGGAAGAAGACUCCUUUUAAGAAAUUUACUGUUAAGAAAUUUUUUCAGUGGUGAAAAAGGCUGGCACCCCCUUAUAAUAUGAAGCCAUUUGAGCAAAGCUCACUGUUUCUGCUGCUGCCAGUUGUGUUUAGAGUUGUGUGCUCCUCCUUUAUUAGUGUGAACCUUGGGAUGAAAGUGAUGAAGGGACAGUCUGUCUUCCUGUCAGAGGAAGACCUCAAGUUUUCCAUCCCCAGAGAGAAGGAUGUCUGCAAAGUAGAAGUUGUGAUUAAUGAGCCAAUAACACAGAGGGUUGGGAAACUUACUCCACAGGUUUUUGACUGUCACUUCCUUCCUAAUGAAGUCAAAUAUACCCACAAUGGAUGUCCAAUUUUAGAUGAAGACAUGGUCAUGCUUAGGCUGUACAGGUUUACAGAAACGGAAACAUUUGUAGAAACAUUCACCCUUCAUGUGCAGUUACUUGAGCCAGACUGUAACAUCAUAAAAAUGCGCUCCCAUGCUUUGGAGGUCCCUGAAUACUAUGGUCUGUCCAGGGUGAUUGACAAGAAUAUCCUCACCUUUGAUUAUGACAGAAAGAUAAACCUGGAUUGCUCCAUUUCCAUAAUCUCUUCAGAAACUCACCUGCCUGCUCACGGCCAGCUUAUCGCCUGGAAAGCGCAGCAAGAGCAGUUUCGUGGAGAUCAGCCACGGGGCUUCUUCCCUGGUACUGAGCACAGCCUGGGCCAGCACUGCAAAAAUGCGAGCUGUACACUGGGACCAGGAGUUAUUAACAACAAAAAGAUGAGCUGUGAAGAAUUUCUGGGGAUGGGAAUUCAGUAUCAACACCUCUACCCCCCCUCACCUGACACUGAUUACAUUCCCGUGAGGUUGGAUCUCUCAGACAGCAGAAGCAAAACUCUGCACAAGACAGAGUAUGCAUGGCUUCCUGUUCGGAUUAGAGGUGCUGUUCCCAACCAAAUACCCAAAGCUGCCCCAAUGGCAAAGUUCAUCCUGGAAUUAGAUCAAUUUAUUUUAACCCCUAUUACAACCACAACCAUUGAUGCCGAAGACAAUGAGACUCCAAAGUCCCUGCUUAUAUUCAACAUUACCAAGCCACCUCCACAGGGCUUUGUCACUCACCUCUCUGACCACACAAAGCCUGUUGGCUCCUUCACGUGGAAGGAUCUCAGUGACAUGCUCAUUGCUUAUCAGCCUCCAAAUAACAGCCACACGGAGAGGAGGAAUUAUGAGGUGGAAUUUGAGGUGCAUGACUUGUACUUCGAAAGGAGUUUACCAAUCACUGUGCAUCUUUCUAUCAGAACAACAGAUACAAAUGCCCCUCGUGUUUCAUGGAAUACAGGCCUCAACCUCCUAGAGGGACAAUCCCGACCCAUCACAUGGCAACACUUCCAAAUUGUGGACAAUGAUGACAUCCAAAACGUUCGCUUGGUCACAGUUGAUGGCUUACAGCAUGGGCGGCUGUCAGUGCGAGGACAGAAAGGAUUCAUGUUCACCGUCUCUGACAUUCAGGCUGGAGUUGUUCAUUACCAUCACGAUGACAGUGAUUCUACUAAAGACUUUGUGGUAUUUAGAAUCUUUGAUGGUCCCCACAGUAUUCGACAUAAGUUUCCAAUAAAUAUCCUCCCAAAAGAUGAUAGCCCUCCAUUUCUGAUCAGCAAUGUGGUCAUUGAAGUUCACGAGGGACAGAUAAUGCUGAUUCAGAGCUCCAUGCUUCAUGCUUCAGACAUGGAUUCCAGUGAUGACUACAUACUAUUCAAUAUUACCAAGCCAUCACAGGCUGGAGAAAUCAUGAAGAAACCAGGACCAAACUUAAUAGGGUAUUCUGUCAACAGUUUUCUUCAGAGGGAUCUAUUUAAUGGAAUAAUUUAUUAUCGUCAUUUGGGAGGAGAAGUGUUUGAAGAUUCCCUUGAGUUUGUGCUAUGUGAUAGCCAUGACCCUCCAAAUCUCUCAGAGCCACAGGUGAUGAUGGUUCACAUUAUCCCUGUGGACGACCAGCUACCCAGAGAAGCUCCAGGAGCGACCCGUCACCUGGUUGUUAAGGAGACUGAGAUUUCCCACCUAACUAAGAAACAUCUCCACUUCACAGAUGUGGAAGAGCAAGACAGGGAGCUCACAUACAACAUAACCACUUCCCCAUUUUUCUCUUGCAGCCAUGGCUACUCAGAUGCUGGGAAACUAUUUAUGGUGGACACCAUCCCCAAAUUGGUCAAGGAUCCUGCUGCUCUUGCACUGCAGUCAUUUACUCAGCAUGCUGUGAACUAUAUGAAAGUUGCUUACAUGCCACCCCUGCAGGACAUUGGACCUGAACCUCAGCAAGUCCAGUUUAUCUUUUCUGUCAGCAAUCAGCAUGGAGGCACUUUGUAUGGGAUCUGCUUCAAUAUUACAAUUCUUCCUGUGGACAAUCAGGCCCCAGAGGUCUUUACAACCCAUUUGAGAGUGGAAGAGGGUGGCAUGACCCCUAUUACAGAAGGACACAUUCUCAUCUCCGAUGCAGACACAAAACGGGAGCAUCUUUUCCUGCUCCUGCAGAGGCAGCCAGAGCAUGGGGUAGUGGAGCUGGAUGACAUUCCCAUGAAUGCAGGGGACAGGCUUUCCUAUGAGGACAUGUGCACCCUGGCAGUCAGAUAUCGUCAUGAUGGCUCAGAGACUCUCACUGAUGAUGUUUUCUUUGCAGCCACAGAUGGCAUCCAUUUUGUAGAGUUCAUCCUGCAGGUCAAGGUGCUGCCUGUGAAUGAUCAGCUACCUGUUAUGCAAACAGGCCUUGUUCCCGUGCUCCACUGCCUGGAGGGUGAAGCAGUAGUCCUCUCCUCACAGUACAUUUAUGCCACAGACGCGGACAGCGAUGACAUGGAACUGAUGUUCGUGCUGGCCCGCCAGCCCUACCACGGGGUAGUGAGGAAAGCUGGCAUUGCCGUGGAUCGUUUCUCCCAAGCCGAUGUCGUCGCUGGUUUAGUCACGUACAAGCACACUAGUGGUGAGAUUGGCCUGACUCCUUCCAUUGAGAUCUUAACCUUGAUUGUCUCUGAUGGUGAGGCUGGCCUAGAUGUGAAAGACUGCUGUUAUGAUGGGCCUCGUUCUCCUCCAGUUUCACGUGAUGAUCCAUUUCCUGUCUAUGACCUUAACAUCACUGUGCUUCCAGUGGACAACCAGCCUCCAUCAAUUGCAACUGGUGCAAGCUUUGUGGUGGAGGAGGGCUCCUCAGCAGCCCUUACUACCAAUCACUUGUUUGCCACUGACCCUGACACCACUGCAGAUGACUUAGAGUUUGUGUUGGUUUCUCCUCCCCAGUUUGGCUACAUUGAAAAUAUACUGCCUUCUCCUGGGUUUGAGAAGAGCAACAUGGGAAUAAGCAUAGUUUCAUUUCAGCUGAAGCACCUGAAAGCCAUGAAUAUAAACUAUGUUCAAGCUAGGCACUUGCAAAUGGAGCCAACAGAAGACAAGUUUGUACUUUAUGUCACUGAUGGGUUACAUAGAUCAGCAGAGAUCCCAUUUUUUGUGCUAAUCAGCCCAACCAAUGAUGAAGUUCCAGAAUUCAUAACCAGGAAUAUUACUGUUCAGGAAGGGGAGAUGAAAGAGCUGAACCUGUCUGUUAUCAAUGCGGUUGAUCUGGAUGUGCCUCAAGACCCUCUGGUGUUCAGGGUUGUGCAGAGGCCCUCAUACGGGUUCCUUAUUAAUGGUGUUCACGGCAGUGAUGUUCUACGCUAUAGAGACUUAAUUAACCAUGAUCACCACAGCCAUGGCUUGCUUGUUCAUGACUUUUCCAUGGAGCUACUGAGGAAUGGAAUGAAGCUGAUGUACAUGCAUGACAACUCUGAAAACCUCACUGACAGCUUUAGAAUUCAGCUAUCAGAUGGAAAACAUAAAGUCCUCAGAACCAUUUCAGUGAAAGUCAUUCCAGUUAAUGAUGAGAAACCAGUGCUGAGCAAGAAGAACAAUAUAGAGGUGAACGUAGGUGACACUAAAAUAAUUUCUAGCGCUGUUCUGUCAGCAGAAGAUAAAGAUACCCCCAGGGAGAGAAUUUACUACUUAUUUGAAAGACUUCCAGAAAAUGGUCAGCUUCAGCUCAAGGUAGGACCAGAGUGGGUGACUCUUCGAACAGGAAUGAAGUGCACUCAGGAAGAGGUGGAUAUGAACCUUGUGAGAUAUGUCCACACUGGAGCUAUGGGGUCCAAGAAAAAAGACAGGUUCACAUUUUACCUCUGGGAUGGGUACAACAGAUCCCCAGCUGUGGACUUCUACGUAAAUAUCAAGGACUUGGAAAAGGGAGACAUAGUGGUUUUUACGAAACUGUUAAGCGUGCCAAAAGGAGACCGCAGCUGCAUUACAACUGAUGUUCUCCUUGCACUGGAUGGUACUGACAAGCCGGAGGAGCUCCUUUAUGUGAUUACCUCCCCACCCCAGUAUGGACAAAUAGAGUAUAUCAGCUAUCCUGGCAUCUCCAUUACGAGCUUCAGUCAGAUGGAUGUAGCACGACAGAUUGUCUGCUAUGUUCACAAAGCCAAGGCAGCUGCUCGUGAAGAUACAUUCAGAUUCAUCAUCAGCAAUGGACUGAGGACUAAGCAUGGGACACUCAAGAUCGCCUUGGAGGCAGCUGACCAGGCUUUGCCCACUCUUUCUAGGAACAUGGGGUUAAGAUUAACAGAAGGAUCUAUGGCACUUCUUACUUCUGAUGUACUGCAGCUUUCAGACCCAGAUACUGCGGAAGAAAACCUUACCUUCGUCUUGGCUCAGCUCCCCCAGUAUGGGCAUCUCUAUUAUCAUGGGGAUGUGCUACUGCAGUUCAAUUUCACACAGCAAGAUGUGGACAACAGGGAUGUUGCAUACAAGCACCGAGGUGGGAAUUCCCAGAUUGACAGAUUUACAUUUGUUGCCACAGAUAGGACUAACCAAGGCUUCAUCGUGAAUGGGAGGGUGCAGAGCAAGCCAGUGGCAUUCACCAUUCAGGUGGAUCAUUUGGACAAAAUGGCACCAAAAAUCAUUCAUCUCCAUUGCUUUUCUGAUGUGGAACUGCUGAAGAAUGGCAAUUAUGGGAUCUAUAUUACUGCCAAGAACCUGAAGGCAUCUGACCCCAAUACAGAAGAUGACAAAAUAAUUUUUAAGAUUUUGCGAGGUCCUCAUUAUGGCUACCUGGAAAAUGUAACAACAGGUGGAUUCAUUCAGGAAGGAUUUAGCCAAAAGGAUUUAAACAGCAAAAUCAUACUUUAUGUCAUCAACCAAUCACAAGAAGUGAAUUCAGACAACUUGGAGUUUCAGGUGACAGAUGCCAGUGGAAACUCUGCAGCACCCCAAAGGCUGGAGCUGCGGUGGUCUCGAAUUGAAAUGCUGCAGACUGAAUAUGAGGUGUGUGAAAACAUGGGAGUGGUGUCUCUGAAAAUCACCAGGGCAGGACACUCGGGGGAGUCUGCCUUUAUAACCAUGAAGGUCAAUGAAAUAUCUGCUAGGCUGGGAAAGGACUUCACUGUGACUUCCUCCAAGCUUGUUCAGUUUGAUCCAGGAGUGUCAACCAAGAUGUGGAAUGUAGCAAUUACCUAUGAUGGAUUAGAGGAAGAUGAUGAAGUCUUUGAAGUAGUUCUGAACUCCCCUGUGAAUGCUGUUCUUGGCACACAGACAAAAGCUGUAGUGAAAAUUUUGGACUCAAAAGGAGGUCAAUGCAGCUAUUCUCGUUCUUCUGGCCAAAGCAAGCAUGACUUCUGGGGGAGAGGCACACUGUUUCCAGUUUCCUUGGGCUCCUCAUCACCUUCCAGGCCUGGCAGUGUUUCCUUGGAAGGGAUCCCACUGCCUCCAUCCAAAGGGAUGAGAGAGCACAGAGGGGACCUGCAGCAGGAGCACAGCCUGGCAAAUCGGUCAAGGACCAGGCUGAGAGUAACUGGAAAUGGCAGAAUAGUUCAGCCUUCAUCUGUAUUUAGAAAUGAAACAGAUGUGGUUUUCAAACAUCAUGGGAUUGUAUCACUCAAAACAGAGGAAGACGCCUCCUUUGCUGAAACCAACAAGAAGGCACAACCACAGAUAAAUGUCAUCUCCUCUAGGAAAACAGAAAUCCCACAGGCUGAUAAGGCAGAACUUGCAGUUCAACCAAGAUCAAGACAUAAGGAGAUAACUAUGAAGAAAUGUCCCUCUGGAUGGACUUAUCAUGAGGGCAGCUGCUACUUCCUGGUGGUGAAUCACAAGGUCACCUGGAACACUGCUGCUCAGGCUUGCAGAGAACACUCCUCCAGCAAUCAUCACCACCAAUAACUGCAGUGUUUCAGUUAUUAAUACUGAUUCUAUUGAUGUUUAAAUAUUUACAACAGGGAAAUAAAACUACCAUGGAGGUAGGUCCUCAAUUGUCAAUAGAUCAACAAACUAGAUAUUAAAUGAAAAUAUUUGAAUUGACUUUCAGUAAACCAGUAAAAAAAGUAAACUUUUUCCAUGAAAAAAAGAAUAAUAAUUUAUUGCUACAAGAAUGACAUAAUUUUAAGCCCCUGUUCAUUUGUUUUGCUAGAAUUUUUCUGUUAUACAGAACAGGGAAAAGACCCCAAGCAUUGUGAAAGUUGAUUCACUAACAGUCUGCAAGUUUUUGAGACAACCUUGCAAACCUCAAAAAGCGUCCCUUUUUGAGACAUCCUUGCAAUCCUGACUUGAUGGACUUGGGAGUUGGCUAUACAAAAACUGUACAGCAGUAGGUAGGCUGAAAAGUGUCUGAAGAAGGGCCACAAAGAUGAUGAAAGGACAGUAAAGCCUGCCAUGUGAAGAAAGAAGGCAUAGGGGAACCCUUAUAACCAAAUUUCAGUAUUUAGAGGGUAGCAGAAGAUGGUGACUCUCUUUUUACAAGGAGUCACAUAGAAAAGAUGAAUAGCCAUGGGAAAAAGUUACUCCUGGGAAGAUUCCAAUUACAUAGAAGGAAAUUUUUUUUUCACUGUGAGAUCAGCCUUUAGAAGACUCUCCCCAGGGAGAUUCCCCAACAUCAGAUGCUUUUAAGGUUCACCUAGUUAGAUUGCUGGUCCAUCUCAUGUGGACUGUCCUUUUGCCAAGAAAGGUUGGAAUCAGAUGAUCCUUGAAGUUCCUUCCAACCUGAUAGUCUGUGAUUCUAUUCCAUCAAAGCCAUGCUACCAAUUUAUUGUGGAAGUAGUUGUUGUCUGGACGUAACUACAUAUGCAUGGGCUAAUGCAAGCCUAUUGGAGUUCUUGUUGACAUAUAUUGUAUACAUCUGUUAGAGGUGGAAUACAACGCUUUUCUUCAGUUCCCAUGUACAGGGGUAGAAGCAGACAAAAAUAUGUGCUUGCCUUGAUGCAAGUCUCUGUGUGUCAGUGUUAAACUGGAGAUGGGGGAGGCAGACAGGGAGAUCUCAGUUAAUUGAUGUGAAAAUCUCGCACUGCUUCUAACCCUUCUCCAAUUCAUUGGAGAGAAAGGUGGUUUAAGAACUCAUUUUUCUAGCUUUGUUUUUAUGCAUGAAGAGGCUCUUGGCAACGUGAAGAGAAGCAUCUGGGGGAUAUUACGGCUGAGUGAUCCCACAGCAGCCUGAUUUAGAAGCAAUUUUGAUGAUUUAUGCCACAGCUCUUGUUUAUCCAACAGGAACAUGUCCUCCCCAAGGGUCAGUACAGCAGGGCUCACUCGUAUGUGAGAUGGUUUCACUUCUGCCACUGAAGGGAUGGAAGAACUGGAUAUAUAGAACCCACAGUUGUGUCUUUUGCCUUGUUAGUCAUAUUAUACCUUUAUCUUUUUUGAAGUUGAAUAUUUAAUUUAAGCUAAAAUAUGAUUAGAUUUCAGGUCGUUUACUGCUAGCUGUGUAAGGCAGGACAUGUUAUUUUGUUUGAUGGUUCUAUAUCAGUUAUAUGUGGCCUCAGUCCUUGGGAAUCACAGGCAGAACCACAUCUAAAGUAAUAUAUUAGAUUCUUCAUAAUGGUUCAGUGUUCUCUGGUGCAAAGCAGGACAGCAGCCCUCUUCUCCCAGUACUGGUUUGCUAACAAAUAUGGUUUAACUCAUUGUGUGUUACUCCAGCAGAGGAUCCCGGUACCUAGAGUCAUUUUAAAGGCCUUGUUUACGCUGUCUGACUUUCAGCUGCUAGUCUGGAAGUGCAGGGCUCCUGUAAGCACUGCAUCAUGUCUGCCACACUCAUCUGAAUGUUCUGAAUUACACGAGGUGUUGAUACACUAGAAACCUAUUUCAAGGUAUCACAUAGCUCCUUAGGUGACCAAACAAAAGGCUGAUAUAAGCACAGUCUUUCAGUCACCACCCCCACCACCCCCUUCACCAUCAGUAUAGGACACGGAUUUACUACAGCAGUUCAAGUAAAAUCCCAUAGAUACCUUUAUACUUAGUCAAGUUGUUUUUGCCAAUCUUAAAUUUACCAAAAUGAUACAAGACUCUGAAAUAUAUCACACAAUUUAAAGGAAAAUCAGUAAAGUCUUUGUGCUAAGUACUUUCUAUAUAAUACUUCAAGGUCAAAAGCUACCCAAAUUGUUUCCUUAAUUUGUGCAACUGCUCUAAGAUAAAGUAUGCUCUUAACUAAAUAAGAAAAAUCAUAAAGUAUGCAGGAACAAUUUUAAGUGGAUGGUUUAGCCCAGAAAAAAGUGAUGUGUGUGGGUUUAUUGUAGCUUCUUUUGGUUACGGUUUGUCUGUUUUUGGUUUUUUUUUUUUUGUUUCUUUCCCUAAUAAGGAAUUAUAACCUCUUAUCUUGACUAAUUUACAUUAGGAAGUGUUAGAAGCAAACAACUCCAUAAAUAACCUUAUCUAGUAAUUUCCGGUGUCUGAUGCUAUGCCUCAAGGUUCAGUGAGUAGCACUAUGGAAGUGCUGUGUUCUUUCAGGAUGCUUCUCAUUUCCCUGAAAUACAUAAUCCCCCUAACUAGGUGUAACAAUUAGAACAGUUGUUCCCUCUUCAGUACUGUGUUUCUUGAGCUGUACUUAGAAAGCACUCCUACAGAGAAAACAUUAAACUACAACAUAAUUAUUGCAGUGCUUUCCUUUCACAGCGAUGAAGUUUCUCCCUGGUACAUGGAUUGAAGUCCGAAACUGUUAUUGCUCAGACUAUACCUGUAUGUCAUAAAUGAUAGAGCGUUUGCUGAUACACACUGAUGCUUUUUGGUUUCACAUUUUCUAGGACAAUCAGAAGUAAGAUAUGCUCACCUAAAGUAAAUUACUUAGUUCCUGGGUUUUGAGUGUCCUUAAACAGAAGCCAGAUAAAAUGCUCCAUUUUUGUUCUUGCUCACCUAGUAAUGAUACCACAGAAACUGCUGCACAAACCUCUUCUCAGGUCCAUUGGGUCAGUGCAAUCACAUUCACUGUGAGGCAGAAUGGAAGGCUGCUGCUAAAGCAGUUAGCCUGGGAGAACAUCCUGAAUUAACAAUGCUUGCUUUUCUUGUCUGUAGAAGGUGGUGGAGUAUGAAACUUCCCGGCAGUGUCUGUCAGUGUAACAGCUUUGUUCCUAGCUUACUGGAGAGUCUGUGCCUGGCAGAUCUGCCCAGAAGGGUGGGACAUACAGGCAUGUCUCACCAUGAUGAGAGGCACAGCAGAAGCCCUGCUAACACCUUCACAGGGUGCAGAUUUGGGGGCCUCUGCCACAGUGGGUGCACAAUCCUGACCCCUACCAGACAGUGCUGAGGCUGUUCUGCCACACCUCUAGGUGAGGAGAGUGUACAUCUGUAUGUCAGCGUGAUCUUACAUGCAAGAAUGCAUGUGGGCUCUGGUGGCCCAGGAGCUCAGAGAGCCCCUGAUGAGCCCCACAUUACUGCACAGUGCUUGCCCCAGGGCAGCUAUGAUUGCAGGGUGAGGGCUAACCCCUGGCUGUCCUGCUGGCCUUGGCAGAUCUACCAUGCAGAGGGCAACUCCAACCCCUGCUGCUUUGGUUGGCCUGCAGGGAUAAUGGAGGAGGACUUUGCAGAAGGAGCAUCCCCCCUCAGAAACACAAUGAAUUUAUUUCAUAUCCUGAUCUUGUGGGCCUAAAUUAAGGAAUAGUCCAGAUUUCAUGCAGUAAGGACCGUGCAGAAUAUUAUGGAUUACUGCUUUGAACUUCUCCUCAUUUAUGUCUUUCGUGCUUCCCUAUCUUGCAUGGCAUCAUAAGGAAUCCAUGGGAUCAGUACUCUUAGAAGUCAUACAGGGCAACAAAAGGAAUGGAGCUCCAGGCAUGGAUCUCUAACUAGGCAGCAGGCUUAAUGGUGGGCUUUCACUCUAAUAUCUAUUCAUGGUCUCCAUAGUUGGCUCAAGUUGGCUAUGCCAUUCUUCAGGCCUGGUUGUUGCCCCAGGUCUUAAAGAACAGUCAUCACUUCAUCUGGGGCAAUAGUGAUCUUUUGUCUCUGUUAUCUAGCAAAAGUAAUAAAAUUAAAGAAAUCCUUAUAGUACCAUUUACUUAUUCUGAUGUUAAAAACAUUUUUUUGCUCUCCUAAAAUGUUUUUAUGAGCAGUGUUUUUCGCUCUGGCCCUAUCAACUGUCACCCAGGAUAUUCUGGGAGGCUGAAGGGGUUGGCAUGACUUAUAGACUGAGCAGCAAUCAGAAAUAUGGGACAAAAGAAAUGUCAGCAACAGAGGCUCAGCAUCAGAGGGAUGGCAACACCAGCUGUGACAUGUAAAAAGGUGAUAUGAUAUCAAUGCAAACACCAAGAUGGAUAAAUAAGAAAGUGGAGCCACUGAUGGCUGACAGUUCCCAGCAAAUGUGAAGAAUGACAUAUGUCCCUUAAUGUCUGAAGAUUUAGCCUGAUCUCUACAUGACUUAAGAGUAGCCUUAAGAUAGGUGGUGCUUGUAUGUUUGGUACUGGUUGGAAAACUUGUCAGUGGCAAGGCCACUCAGUGGCUAGGGUUUGCAAACUCUCCUUUGGAACAGGCACACCAUAAGUACACACACAGAGCAGAGCUUAUGCGUUGACUUAGUUCACAGUCUGCUUAAUACAAACCACAGCUUCUCUCCAAUCUGAACUAAAUGUAGUCACUGCAGGCAGCCCUCUAAAAAAUGCACUGCUUUUUCAGUCUUUUCAGAUACCAAAUUUCUUGUGAUGAACAGGGGGACCUCAUGGGAUACCUGCAUUUACUGUGUGCAGGUUCACAGGAUGGAGAACCAGAAUGCCUCAGCUGAAACCAAAAAUUUUGAAGAGGAUGAAAAUGCAAACAAAAAAAGGGCUGAGAUAGCAGGAGAGGAAGGAAAUGGGGGGUGGUGGAGGGGGUGAUUGAUGUAACAGCCUGAGUGUUGAUUUUAGAGAAUGUGUGUGACAGGGGAGAUUUAGAUCAGAUGGUGCUCAGGCACUGGAACAGCCUCCCCAGGGAAAUGGUCACAGCACCAACCUGAUAGAGUUCAAGAAGCAUUUGGACAAUGCUCUCAGGCUCAUUUUGUGAUUCUUGGGGCUGCCCUGUGCAGGGCCAAUAAUUAGUUUGAUGAUCUUUGUGCAUCUUUUCCUCCUCAGGGCAUUCUAUGACUUUGUGAUUAUAUGAUUACUUCUCAAAACCACAUUACCACUUAAAUGUAUUACCCAAAGCUUCAGUAUUGUCAAAAUAUGAUUUUAAAAAGAUAUCUCCUGCUCUACUACCAAAUAGGUGAAGUUGUAUCUUUCAGUGGCUUGGAUUUCAGUGUAGGAAGUUUAUUAUUUCAUGGAAAAUAAGGUAUAAAGAAUUAUACCAAUAGUUUAAAACAUGGUUUAUGAGUAUGAGGCACAUAUUUUCUGCACACAUUUCCUUCAGUUGCCCAGCUGAUUUAUUUUUUCUGUUAGAAAAAUCAGACUAGGACUUUGGUUCCUCCCCAUGUAAUCCACAAUUUUAUGACCUCAUCUUAAGGUAAUUAAUUAUUCCUUCAUGCCAGUAAGUUGUGAUUUUCCUGUGACUCAUUAUUUAUAUGCUUUAUAAUAGAAUCGACAUCCAUUGUUGAUAAGUUGAUGGGAGCAGUCUGUCACUCUGUGGAAUGCUAACUACUCUGUCCUCUCUUGC